CUACAUUCAGCUCAAGGAAAAUCCCAACCAAAACAAAAACAAAACGUUCGGCACGAUCGCCACUAUUAUGAGAGAUAAAAAUGGACAAGAUGCAAGUCCCCAGGAGUCAUAGUUUCUUGAUCAUGAUUGCAGCCAUCUUUCUAAUACUGUUGCUGAAUAAGGGGGUUUUGGGAUGUGAUGAUCCAGGCACUCCUACCGACGGAGUGCGAGAUCCACCUGAGAGUGGGGACCCCGUCCCCCUCCCCCCGAAGACAGUGAUCCACUUCAGCUGCGAUGAAGGCUAUCUCUUGGAUGGCCCUCCCAAGAUCAUCUGCACCAAAGAGAACAAGUGGCUUCCAGAAGACAGACCAUCAUGUAUAGGUAAGCAGGGCUUAUCAUUAAGGCACGGUGGCUCAGUGUUAGAGCGGUGA